ACACGUGUUGUCAGGACCCCAGGCAGCUAAGCAUUAGCAUUUAUAGGAGUUUCAGUGAAAAACGUUUCAGUUUUUCUAAUUACUCUAAAAUGUAUCCUUCACCAGCGGUCUCAACGUUGUGUAAGAACCCAAGAGAUGUGUUCCUGGACGUCUCUAAAUUGCUGCUCACGUACGCGGACAACAUUUUAAGGAGUCCUAAUGAGGAAAAGUACAGAUCCAUCCGUAUAGGAAACCCCACUUUCUCCACCAAGCUGUUGCCCAUCAGAGGUGCUGUAGAAUGUCUCUUUGAGAUGGGAUUUGAGGAGGCAGAGACCCACCUGGUCUUCCCCCAGUCUGCGUCAGUGGCACAGCUGAGGCUCAUCAGGGAGUCAAUCGCUGCAGAGCGGGAUGUAAGGAUGGCUGGUGAAUAUCCCGGCCAAGCCGCCGUUCAGCCUGCAACGGCAGCAUCUUCGGCCCCAGAGAGAUGUGCUGCUGCGUCUGAUCGACCAGUAGCACCACCACCUCUGCAGCCAUCGUCCCUGGGGAGCAGUGUGAGUUUCUUUGCAACUCUUCAGUCGAACUUCCAGCACGUGAUGCGGUAUGAAAGGCCUGAGCUGCAGCAGAAAGCUCUAAGCGUUAUUCCUCACCAGCAGCUGCGUUCUGCUGCUCAACACAAGCUGAAGGAGCUGAAAGAUGCCGACUCAGACUGUAAACUUGGGAUAGAAGACUUCCUGGUGCUGGAGUUGCUCAGGUGGUUCAAGCAUGAUUUCUUCUCCUGGGUGGAUCAGUUACCCUGCAGCCAGUGUGAAGGUCCCACCCAGCACGCCAGCCCCCUCAGCCCUAGUGCUGAGGACCUUUGCUGGGGAGCGCAGCGAGUAGAGAACCACUACUGUCAGAACUGCCUGCUCUCCACCAGAUUCCCCAGGUAUAACAACCCAGAGAAGCUUUUGGAAACCAGGAGGGGGCGCUGUGGGGAGUGGGCCAACUGUUUCACCCUGUGCUGCAGAGCCCUUGGGCUUGAGGCCAGAUUUGUUUGGGACAGCACCGACCACGUGUGGACGGAGGUUUACUCCGUGUCUCAGCGCCGCUGGCUGCACUGUGACUCGUGUGAGAAUGCCUGUGAUAAACCACUGCUGUACGAGGUCGGCUGGGGGAAGAAACUGGCCUAUGUUCUGGCUUUCUCCAAGGAUCAGGUGGUUGAUGUCACAUGGAGGUAUUCCUGCAAACACGCUGAGGUUUUGUCAAGAAGAACUAGCGUUCAGGAGGCUUGGCUGCUGCACACCAUUAAUGGGCUUAAUGUCGGACGACAGCAGUCCCUGACAGCAGACCAGAAGAAGAAGCUGACAGAGAGGUUGCUUGUGGAGCUGGUGGAGUUCAUUUCCCCGAAGAAACCCAAACCCGGAGAACUGGGGGGGCGUAACUCUGGUUCUUUGGCCUGGCGGCUAGCGCGUGGGGAAACCAAAACACCUGAGCGGGAGACGCAGGUGGCCGCUUUUGUGUUUACUCCCACUGAGAAAGAGAAGAACGACCAGCUGCUACACGUGAGCUACAGUGCCUCCAAGGACCAAUACUGUCGAGUGUCAAGUUGUUCCGAAAUCAUUCCUAACUGGGAUCAGUGUGUGUGGGCGAAGGAGUCAGUCUUCAGGAAAGUGGAGAGUGACUGGAAGAUGGCAUACAUCGCACGGACCGAAGACUCUCCUGUAGGGCGAAUCAGCUGGAAGUUUGACCUUGCUCCAGCAGAUCUGAAGAUAAAGUCAGUUUCCAUCAUGGCCAGUAGCCAGACCUUCCACUCUGGGAAAGUCUGUUGGCGUGUGCAGUCAGGCCCACUUACUACCAACUUCUCUGGAGAUGGGAAGGUGCAAACGUUCCCGAGUCUGUGUGGCUCUUCAGAGCUUGUUGUUGCUGCAGAACUCAGCGGGGGAGAAGGCGACAUCUCGUGGCAACAUUCUCAGAUCUUCAGACAAAGUUUAGAAGAAAUGAAACCUUCUUUUGAAGUCAUCAUCCACCUACAACAUGCAUAACCUUCCUUUUACUUCAGCAGUAGAACACAAACUCCUCUCACUGGUUGCCAUAAGCUGGUUGGAACCGUGGAAAGUAGUCUGGCAGUACUUACACAAGUGCUUAAACCUAAAUGGUAGCAAUUUUUUGUUUUCUUUUAAUUGUCAAGUGAUGAAUGGACUCUACUUUUGUUUGGUUUCUGUCACACAAUUAACAUUUACCUUUGAUUUUAGGAACUGACUUCUCACAAAUGUGCAGAUUGUAGCACAAACUAUGCUUUUGUAAUUUAAAUAUAAAAUAUUUAAAUUAUAUUUGUUGUAAUGCAAGGGGACAUCUCAAACACGAUUUUAUUGUAAGAACCUGCUGCUGGAGAUGUUUGUUUAGCUGUUGAGUUUAGGAUAUUACUAUGCUCGGUUAUAGAUUCUAUUCUUAAAUUGAGAAUAUUUGUGGUACUAUUAAAGGGUUUAAUCACGUGUACAUAUAUUAGAGUCACAAUAAAAUAACGUAUCACGGUUCUUAAGUGAAAACAA